GUCGAAGACGUCUUCAUAUAAUUAGCAGAACUAUACAUUUGAAGCGCAAACCGUCACAAAGGCAAACCACAAUUUUAAUGAAUAAAGAAAGCGAGCAGCAGACGAAGGAAGCGUAUAAGGAGGAAACGUGUCGAAACUGGAAAACCCGUGGCAUCCGACGCGGUACACGCACCGAUUUCCUGCAUAAUGGCAGCUUUCAUGAGGCGGUUGGACCGGUGCUUGUUAUUGCUCAGUGCUUCUGUCUGAUGCCAGUGCGUGGCAUACUUGCUGACACGCCGAAAGGAUUAUCUUUUUGCUGGAAGAGCUUUCGUACCUGGUAUUGCAUAUUGUAUACAUUGAUUACUAUCGCUGAUACCGGACUAACCGUAAAUAUGGUCGUAAAAGGUGUGCUGGAUGUGAGAAACAUCGAACCUUUGAUAUUUCAUGCCAAUAUACUUUUGGCUUCAAUUGGUUUUUUGCGCUUAGCCGCCAAAUGGCCAAAGUUAAUGCGAAAGUGGCAACGUGUGGAACGCCAGCUGCCACCACAUCAGACGUGGCGUGAGCGUGAGGCAUUGUCAGUGCGCGUUCACAAGGUGACUUUUGUGCUGAUUACUUUGUCGCUGACUGAACACCUGCUAAGCACCAUUUCAGCUAUUCACUUUGCCAAUUAUUGUCCUUCUCGUAACGAUCCCAUCGAAUCCUAUUUCAUGUCGGUUGUUUCACAAAUUUUUUUCGUCUUGGACUAUUCCCCUUGGCUGGCAUGGGUUGGAAAAAUUUUAAAUGUGCUGAUGACAUUCGGUUGGAGUUACAUGGAUGUGUUCCUAAUGAUAAUAGGCAUCGGACUGUCGUCGUUGUUCGGACAGGUGCAGAGCAGUCUGCAUCGCGUAAGAGGGCAGGUUAUGCCCGAGUCAUAUUGGACACAUACUCGCCUGCAAUAUCGCCUUAUUUGUGAUUUGAUAGAGCAGGUAGAUGCUGCUGUAUCUGGCAUAAUUAUGCUUUCGUUUGCUAAUAAUCUUUAUUUCGUCUGCAUACAGCUGCUCAAAAGCAUGAACAAAAUGCCAUCUGUAGCACACUUAGUCUACUUCUAUGCCUCACUAUUUUUUCUCUUGGGUCGCACACUGGCUGUAUCACUUUAUCUCGCUGAGGUCAACGAUCGUUCGCGCGAACCACUGGAAGUGAUAAAACAAGUACCCAAAGACGGUUAUAACGCGGAAGUCGAUCGAUUUGCGCACGAGCUGGCUAUGGAUACAGUUGCGCUGACUGGACUGCAAUACUUUAAUGUUACCCGGGGACUGGUCUUGACAGUCGCCGGAACAAUCGUUACCUAUGAACUGGUGCUUAUACAAUUUCACGAAGAUCAAAAAUUAUGGAAUUGUAAUUGA